CAGACGACGAACGUUCAUUCUUCCAGUGUUAGAUUCAUCAACAUGGUGCUGCACCUCCAGGAAAGCCACCAAGACCCCACACAACUGUGUCCAUUCUCUGCUUCCGCAGUUUGAAGCGGAGCUCGGUUUAGGGCUCGAAUUUUGUCAUCGCUUGCAGCUCUGGAUCUGUUUCAACACCGAAGUCGUCGGCUUCUCUAGGCUCCAGGAUCCCUGUCACAAAUUGGGUCGCUGCUGAUUUGUUCCAUCUGGGAGGACCGAGGGAUUCGCGGAGAUUUGUUAUUGUUGUAGCUCAGUUCUGCAUCGAUGGGGUUUGUGGCGUGGUGGUAUGCGUGGACCCAUGCUUUGCUGUACAUGUCCCCAUACGUAUACUCUGCCAUUGGAAUUGCGAUCUCAAUCGGAGUGUCCGUGCUCGGAGCUUCAUGGGGAAUUUAUAUCACCGGGAGCAGUCUCAUAGGUGCAGCAAUCAAGGCUCCUCGGAUCACGUCAAAGAAUUUGAUCAGCGUCAUUUUCUGCGAGGCGGUGGCUAUCUAUGGAGUGAUCGUAGCCAUCAUACUGCAGACCAAGUUAGAGGCCACAAAACAACCCUUUCACCCUGAUUCUAUGCGUGCUGGCUACUCAUUGUUCGCUUCAGGAAUCAUCGUUGGAUUUGCAAAUCUACUUUGCGGGCUUUGCGUGGGUAUCAUAGGCAGCAGCUGUGCACUUUCAGAUGCUCAGAACUCUACAUUGUUCGUCAAGAUUCUGGUUAUCGAGAUCUUUGGCAGUGCUCUAGGUUUAUUUGGAGUUAUUGUAGGCAUCAUCAUGUCGUCUCAAGCUACAUGGCCUACAGCUGUAUUAGCGUGAAACUUUUUUGCGGUUAAUUGAUUGUUAUUUUGUUGCCUCAUCUGCAAAGAACGGAAAUGGCACGCCAAGCUUCAAGUGGGUAUAUAUUUUUAUUAAUUUUUCACUGAGGACAGUCUUCCCAUGGA